CUUGUGUUAAAUAUAAUUAAUAUAUUUUUGUAUAAUCUUAAAAUUAAGAAAGACCCUAAUGUAAACCACAAAUGCAAGAGUGAACAGAUUGACUUUGUAAGGAAACUCUCUUGUCUUUGACGAGGAAUAUCGAAAUAGAAGUUAUGGCAAGGCAGUCGUAUGUAGUCUUGAGUCCGAUUCUGGUUUGGAACCAUCAUAUUCGUCUUCUUCUUGUUCUGAUUUUAUUAGAUGCAUUCUCAGAACGACUUGCAGUAGCUGCCUCUACAACUACUAAUACGCUGAAAUUUCUCCCUGGAUUCCAAGGACCACUGCCCUUUCAUCUCGAAACUGGGUAUGUGGGAGUGGGCGAAUCAGAGGAAGCCCAAGUUUUCUAUUACUUUGUGAAAUCGGAAAGGAAUCCAGAGAAAGAUCCACUGUUGAUUUGGCUAACUGGGGGUACUGGUUGCUCUGCCUGGUCCGGACUUGUCUAUGAAAUAGGUCCACUUCAUUACAAGGUUGAGGAAUACAAUGGGAUGACACCUACACUGGUCUUAAAUGACUACUCUUGGACAAAGAUUUCAAAUAUAAUAUUCGUAGAUGCUCCUGUUGGCACUGGAUUUUCUUAUUCCAAAAAUACUUCAGCAUAUGACCAGGGAGAUUUUCAACAUGUGGACCAUCUUUUUCAAUUUUUCAAAAAGUGGCUCAUUAAUCACCCGGAGUUUAUAUCGAAUCCUUUAUACAUUGCCGGGGAUUCAUACUCAGGCAUUAUUGUUCCCAUGCUUGCUCAACAAAUCUCAAAUGGAAUCAAGGAUGGCACCAUACCACCUAUAAAUCUUGAGGGAUACAUACUUGGGAAUCCUGCAACAUAUUCAUCAGAUAACAAUUACAAAGUCUCAUUUGCUCAUCGAACCGCACUUAUCUCUGAUGAACAGUACCAGUCUUUGGAGAAAAAUUGCAGAGGACAAUAUUAUGGAAACAUAGAUCCCAAAAAUAUCAAGUGCUUGAAAGUUUUUCAUGCUUAUGAAAAGUCCAUUUCAGGAUUGAGUGAAGGACAAAUUCUGGAAUCACUAUGCCAUAAUUAUAAUAUCACUCUUUAUUUUAAAGUCCCAUUUAUUCAUGGAUUGACCAUUAUUUUAGAGGAAGGCAGCGCGUACUACAUUUCAGAUUUGAGUGAAGAGCAUGCUGAGGAAUCACAAUGCAUGAUAACGAGUAAAAGAAGAUCGUUGACUCUAAACUCUGAUGAUUCUGACUGGCUUCGUCCAUUUGGCUGUAGUCGAAUAUAUGAUCAGUUGCUUUCUUUUUUCUGGGCCAACGAUCCUCGAGUUCGUGAAGCCCUUCAUAUACCAAAGGGAAGGGUAGAGCAAUGGAAGCGAUGCAACGAUAACAUUCAAAAUAAAUAUAAAAAAGAAGUUCUUAGCACUGUUGAGUAUCAUGCAAAUCUUAGUGCCAAAGGUUACCGUUCUCUAAUAUACAGUGGAGAUCAUGACAUGAUGGUCCCAUACUUGGGUACUCAAGCAUGGAUAAAGUCAUUAAAUUACACAAUUGUAGAUGAUUGGAGACCCUGGAUUGUCCAUGACCAAGUUGCAGGGUUCACCAGGAGUUACUCCAAUAAAAUGACAUUUGCAACCAUUAAGGGAGCAGGGCAUACAGCUCCUCAGUAUAAGCCUAAAGAAUGUUUUGCUAUGUUUAAAAGGUGGAUCCAUUACGAACCUCUUUAAUGAAAUUUGGUUCAAAACCACUCUUAAAUUAUAUAUUAUGGAACUGAAUCCAUGACUACACUAGUACAUGUAUAAAAAUUAUCUGUCUAUCAAAUAAAAUAUCGUGAAUAUUGACUCAUUA